AUGCCUGCAACAACAGGUUCCGUAAAAUCACUUAUCAAGAAGCUGCUUUUCCAUUCAUCCUCCAUAGCUGCGCCAAAAAUCUCCCCUCGUCAAUUUUCCGUCAACGCUACGAUUAGGCCCGCGGACUCCACUCGUCGGAACAAAAGCAAAAGAGAGACUCAGAAGCAGAAGCAGAAGGCGGAGUUGCUGUUGAAGAGACGGACGCGGUCGGCGAGGGAGCUUGACGAGGAAGGAUUCGAGAAGCAGUACCGAAAUGACAAGUCUGCCCAUGUCCCCGUCAUGCUCGGCGAAGUGCUUGACGCCUUUGCCUCGGUACCCCUGAAAUCCUUCGUCGACUGUACUCUCGGCGCGGGCGGCCACUCAGCCGCGAUAAUUGAGGCACACCCUGAGAUGGAACUUUACGUUGGAUUAGACGUUGAUCCUAUUGCCCAUGAGAUAGCUCAAACUCGAAUCAAUGGCAUAUUGGAAAAAGAUUCUGGCCUAUCUAGAGCAACCCUACGAGUACAUACUCACUUGAAGAACUUCAAAAAUAUUAAAUCUGUGCUUCAAGAUAUUGAUGGGAAUCCUUUGAUUCCUCGUGUUCAAGGAAUCUUGAUGGACUUGGGAAUGUCGUCAAUGCAGGUAAACAAUUCGGAAAGAGGGUUUAGUGUACUAUGUGAUGGACCUCUAGAUAUGCGGAUGAAUCCUCAGACUAGUUUGAAAGCAGAAGACAUUUUAAAUUUAUGGCCAGAUGCUGAAGUGGGUCGGAUUUUGCGGGACUACGGCGAAGAGAGCAACUGGUUCUCUCUCCAAAAGAAAAUCAUCAGGGCUCGAUCAACUGGCGGACUGCAUUCGACACGCGAACUGGUUGACCUCAUUCGUAGCUCAACUUCUUGGACAAGAGGAGGGAGACAAGGCUGGAUAAAGACCGCGACACGUGUGUUUCAAGCCUUGAGGAUAGCUGUGAACGAUGAGCUAAACAUUCUGAAAGAUUCCAUCUACACGUGUUUCGGUUGUCUUGCCUCAGGAGGAAGGCUGGCGGUCAUAACAUUCCACAGCUUGGAGGACAGAAUCGUGAAGCAGUCGUUUCUGGACAUAAUUAACCAAGGUGCUGAUGGAGGUAAUGAUAAGAACAGCAAAGAGAGGCAUUUGGUGAGUAAUAGUUCCGAGAAACUCAUUUCCUACGAUGAAAACGAGGCAUGGAUAAAGCAGAUGGUGUGUGGACCGAAUGCAUGUGUCCUGACAAAGAGGCCGAUAACGCCGUGCGAGUUGGAGGAGAGGCUGAACCCGAGGAGCCGCAGUGCUAAACUGAGGGUGAUUGAGAAGGUGUGA